AUGUCAGAAGUCGUUCUUGAAGAUGAUGUUACAACAACGCCAAGUGAAAUUAGAGUAUUUGGAAAAUGGAGUGGCGCUGAAGUACAAAUUUCUGAUAUGUCACUGGUGGAUUAUAUUCUUGGAGCAAAACAACCCAAAUAUUUCCCACAUUCAGCCGGACGUUAUCAAGUAAAACGUUUUAGAAAAGCAAUGUGUCCGAUUGUUGAACGACUUGUUUGUUCACUGAUGUUUCAUGGUCGCAAUAAUGGUAAAAAAUUGUUAGCAGUUCGAAUUGUUCGUCAUACAUUUGAAAUUAUUCAUUUAUUGACUGGUGAAAAUCCAUUACAAGUACUUGUCAAUGCCAUUAUCAAUAGUGGACCAAGAGAAGAUUCAACUCGAAUUGGUCGUGCUGGUGCAGUAAGACGACAGGCAGUUGAUGUCUCACCAUUGAGACGUGUCAAUCAAGCACUCUACUUAAUAUGUACAGGCGCACGUGAUUCAGCAUUCAAAAGUGUUAAAACCAUAGCAGAAUGUUUAGCUGAUGAACUUAUUAAUGCGGCCAAAGGUUCAUCGACAUCCUUCGCCAUAAAACGUAAAGAUGAAUUAGAACGUGUUGCCAAAUCAAAUCGUUAA